GCGGGCGGCGCGGGCCCGAGACUUCCCGCCGCGGAGCUCGCCUGGGGGCGCCUAGAGGCGGCGCGUCCCGCGGUUCGAGCCCGGACCCGGGACAGGAGAUCGGGGAGCGGAGCAACCGCAGGAGGCGGCCGGGGCCGCGCGCACCUGUUCCGAGCCGCGGCUCCCAGCCUGGAAAGUUGCGGCGGGUCCGAGGCGGCCUGGAGAGCGGCGGACCCCAGCCCGGGCCGCCUCCCUCCCGCGCAGCAGUUUCGCUCGGGCGCUGGGCUUGGCGAGUGGGGCGCGGGGUCCAACGCUGAGCCCCGCCAGUUCCGGGGUCUCGCACGCGCGUCCCCUGCAGGCCGCAGCCCGGGAAGAGCGAACGAAGCGAGCGCCCGCGCAGAGCCGGGGACCGAGGAGGGAGCCGCUCGGGACCUCUCGGACCCUGCCGUCCGCGGGGAAGCUGAGGGCGAGGCUGGGCCCGGGAAGCGUGAGCCUCGUACGAGCAGCCCUGCCCCAGCGGCAUGGGCGCCCUCGGGCUCCUGUGGCUCCUGCUGCUCCUAUCGGCGGCCGCCCGGGGCUCCGGCCAGCGCGCGGGGUCCCCGGCCGCAGGGCCGCCACUGCAGCCCCGGGAGCCGCUCAGCUACUCGCGCCUGCAGAGGAAGAGUCUGGCGGUGGACUUCGUGGUGCCCUCGCUCUUCCGCGUCUACGCCCGCGACCUGCUGCUGCCGCCGCCGCCGCCCCCCGCGGGGCCCAGGACUGGCCGGCCCGAGGCGCGCGGCUGGCUGGCCUUGGACUGCGCCCCGCUGCUCAGGCUUCUGGGGCCGCUGCCCGGGCUCCCCCGGACAGCAGGCCACCCCUCGCCGUCCCCCGCCGCGGCGCCGGCGCUGUCCAGGGUGCUGAAGGGCGGCUCAGUCCGUAAACUCCGGCGCGCCAAGCAGCUGGUGCUGGAGCUGGGCGAGGAGGCGAUCCUGGAGGGCUGUGUCGGGCCUCCAGAGGGAGCGGCUGCCGGACUGCUCCAGUUCAACCUCAGCGAGCUGUUCAGCUGGUGGAUUCACCACGGCGAAGGGCGACUGAGAAUCCGCCUAAUGCCCGAGAAGAAGGCGUCGGAACUGGGCAGAGUGGGGAGGCUGUCCUCGGCGAUCCGCGCCUCCCAGCCCCGCCUUCUCUUCCAGAUCUACCGGACCGGUCAUAGCACCUUGGAGUCACCAACAAACAUGCCUUCUUCUCCUGAUUAUUUUUUGUGGAAUCUGACCUGGAUAAUGAAAGACUCCUUCCCUUUCCUGUCUCAUCGCAGCCGAUAUGGUUUGGAGUGUAGCUUUGACUUCCCCUGUGAGCUGGAAUAUUCUCCUCCACUGCAUGACCUUGGGAACCAGAGCUGGUCCUGGCGCCGUGUGCCCUCUGAGGAGGCCUCCCAGAUGGACUUGUUGGAUGGACCUGAGGCAGAACGUUCUAAGGAGAUGCCCAGAGGCUCUUUCCUCCUCCUCAACACCUCAGCAGACUCCAAACACACCAUUCUCAGCCCAUGGAUGAGGAGCAGCAGUGAGCACUGUACGCUGGCUGUCUCUGUGCACAGGCACCUGCAGCCGUCUGGGAGGUACAUCGCCCAGCUGCUGCCCCACAAUGAGGCCUCGAGAGAGAUUCUCCUGGUACCCACACCAGGGAAGCACGGCUGGACAGUGCUGCACGGAAGAGUCGGGCGCCCAGAGAACCCCUUCCGAGUGGCCCUGGAAUACAUCUCCAGUGGAAACCGAAGUCUGUCUGCAGUGGACUUUUUUGCCCUGAAGAACUGCAGUGAAGGAACGUCCCCAGGCUCCAAGAUGGCCCUGCAGAGUUCCUUCGCCUGUUGGAAUGGGACAGUCGUCCAGCUCGGGCAGGCCUGCGACUUCCACCGGGACUGCGCCCAGGGAGAAGAUGAGGGCCAGCUGUGCAAUCAACUUCCUGCUGGCUUCUACUGCAACUUUGAGGAUGGUUUCUGUGGCUGGACCCAAGGCACCCUCUCGCCCCAUGCGCCCCAGUGGCAGGUCGGGACCCUGAAGGAUGCCCGGUCCUGGGACCACCAAGACCAUGCCCUGUUGCUCAGCACCACCGAUGUCCCCAGUCCUGAAAGUGCUACCGUGACCAGUGCCACAUUUCCUGCACCGAUAAAGAACUCUCCGUGUGAGCUCAGAAUGUCCUGGCUCAUCCGUGGAGUCUUAAGGGGAAACGUGUCCUUGGUGCUGGUGGAGAACAAAACAGGGAAGGAGCAAAGCAGGAUGGUCUGGCACGAGGCCACCAAUGAAGGCUUGAGCUUGUGGCAGCGGACAGUGCUUCCCCUCCUCAAUGUGUCUGACAGGUUCUGGCUGCAGAUGGUCGCAUGGUGGGGGCAAGGAUCCAGAGCCACCGUGGCUUUUGACAAUAUCUCCAUCAGUCUGGACUGCUACCUCACCAUCAGUGGGGAGGACAAGGUGCCCCAGACUGAAGAACCCAAAUCAAGAAAUCUGUUUGAGAGAAACAUAAGCAAGGAGCCAAAGUCCUGGGAAAACAUACCAAGGCAGACUCCCAUCUUCGACCCUACAGUUCACUGGCUGUUCACCACAUGCGGGGCAAGCGGGCCCCACGGCCCCACUCAGACCCAGUGCCACAACGCCUACCAGAACUCCAACCUGAGCGUGACGGUGGGGAGCGAAGGGCCCUUGAAGGGCAUCCAGAUCUGGAAAGUGCCAGCCACCGACACCUACAGCAUCUCAUGCUAUGGAGCCGCUGGCGGGAAAGGAGGGAAGAACACCAUGAUACGGUCCCACGGCGUGUCUGUGCUGGGCAUCUUCAACCUGGAGAAGGACGACACGCUGUACAUUCUCGUCGGGCAGCAGGGAGAGGAUGCCUGCCCUAGUACCAACCAAUUAAUCCAGAGAGUCUGUAUUGGAGAGAGCAAUGUGAUAGAAGAAGAAAUUCGUGUGAACAGAAGCGUGCGUGAGUGGGCAGGAGGAGGAGGAGGCGGAGGUGGAGCCACUUACGUGUUUAAGAUGAAGGAUGGGGUGCCCGUGCCCCUCAUUAUUGCAGCCGGAGGUGGCGGCAGAGCCUAUGGGGCCAAGACAGACACGUUCCACCCGGAGAGACUGGAGAAUAACUCCUCUGUCCUAGGGCUGAAUGGCAACUCUGGAGCCGCAGGUGGUGGAGGUGGCUGGGAUGAUAACACUUCCUUGCUCUGGGCCGGAAAAUCUUUGUUGGAGGGUGCUACCGGAGGACAUGCCUGCCCCCAGGCCAUGAAGAAGUGGGGGUGGGAGACAAGAGGGGGUUUCGGAGGGGGUGGCGGGGGGUGCUCCUCAGGUGGAGGAGGCGGAGGAUAUAUAGGUGGCAAUGCAGCCUCAAACAAUGACCCCGAAAUGGAUGGGGAAGAUGGGGUUUCCUUCAUCAGUCCCCUGGGCGUCCUGUACACACCGGCUUUAAAAGUGAUGGAGGGCCACGGGGAAGUGAACAUUAAGCAUUACCUAAACUGCAGUCACUGUGAGGUAGACGAAUGUCAUUUGGACCCUGAGAGCCACAAGGUCAUCUGCUUCUGUGACCAUGGCACAGUGCUGGCUGAGGAUGGCGUCUCCUGCAUUGUGUCACCCACCCCAGAACCCCACUUGCCUCUCUCGCUGAUCCUCUCCGUGGUGACCUCUGCCCUGGUGGCCGCCCUUGUCCUGGCUUUCUCAGGCAUCAUGAUAGGAGCCAGGCUGCCAGCCCGGGACCCCCGUGCCGCUGACCUCCGCCUGUCUACAGUGUACCGCCGGAAGCACCAGGAGCUGCAAGCCAUGCAGAUGGAGCUGCAGAGCCCUGAGUACAAGCUGAGCAAGCUCCGCACCUCCACCAUCAUGACCGACUACAACCCCAAUUACUGUUUUGCCGGCAAGACCUCCUCCAUCAGUGACCUAAAAGAGGUGCCUCGGAAAAACAUCACCCUCAUUCGGGGUCUGGGCCACGGCGCAUUUGGGGAGGUGUACGAAGGCCAGGUGUCCGGAAUGCCCAACGACCCGAGCCCCCUGCAAGUGGCUGUGAAGACGCUGCCGGAAGUGUGCUCAGAGCAGGACGAACUAGACUUCCUCAUGGAAGCCCUGAUCAUCAGCAAAUUCAACCACCAGAACAUCGUGCGCUGUAUCGGGGUGAGCCUGCAAGCCCUGCCCCGCUUCAUCCUGCUAGAGCUCAUGGCGGGCGGAGACCUCAAGUCCUUCCUCCGGGAGACGCGCCCUCGGCCAAGUCAGCCCUCCUCCCUGGCCAUGCUGGACCUUCUGCAUGUGGCUCGGGACAUUGCCUGUGGCUGUCAGUAUCUAGAGGAAAACCACUUCAUCCACCGGGACAUUGCUGCCAGGAACUGCCUCUUGACCUGUCCUGGUAGUGGAAGAAUAGCGAAAAUUGGAGACUUUGGCAUGGCCCGAGACAUCUAUAGAGCCAGCUACUACAGAAAGGGAGGCUGUGCUAUGCUGCCCGUCAAAUGGAUGCCUCCUGAGGCCUUCAUGGAAGGAAUAUUUACUUCUAAGACAGACACAUGGUCCUUCGGCGUGCUGCUGUGGGAAAUCUUCUCUCUGGGGUACAUGCCAUACCCCAGCAAGAGCAACCAGGAGGUUCUGGAGUUCGUAACCAGUGGAGGACGGAUGGACCCACCUAAGAACUGCCCCGGACCUGUAUACCGGAUAAUGACUCAGUGCUGGCAACACCAGCCUGAAGACAGGCCCAAUUUUGCCAUAAUUUUGGAGAGGAUCGAAUACUGCACACAGGAUCCGGAUGUCAUCAACACGGCCCUGCCCGUGGAGUACGGCCCGCCCGUGGAGGAGGAGGAGAAAGUGCCCGUGCGGCCCGAAGACCCUGAGGGGAUGCCGCCUCUGCUGCUGUCUCCCGGGCAGGCUCCGCGGGGCGAGGAGCGCGUCCCGGUGCCCGCGGUGCCGCCGCCCGCGCCCGCCUCGUCCUCCGGCAAGGCUGUGAGGAAGCCCGCAGCUACCAGGGGCCCGGCCGCGGGCGGGGGACACGUGAACAUGGCUUUCUCCCAGGCCAACCCGCCGCCCGAGCUGCGCAGGAUCCAGGGGUCCAGAAACAAGCCGACCAGCUUGUGGAACCCGACUUACGGCUCCUGGUUUACCGAGAAACCUGCCAAAAAGAACAGUGCUCCAGCAAAGAAGGAGCCACACCAGCGGGGCGGCCUGGGCAGCGAGGGGAGCUGCACCGUCCCGGCCGCCUCCAGCGCCGCCGGCAGAUUGCCCGGCGCCUCCCUGCUGCUAGAGCCGUCCUCCCUGCCGGCCAGCGUGAAGGAGGUGCCGUUGUUCCGGCUGCGUCACUUCCCCUGUGGGAAUGUCAACUACGGCUACCAGCAGCAGGGCCUGCCUCUGGAGGUCACCACCGCCCCGGGAGCUGGACACUACGAGGACGCCAUUCUGAAGAACAAGAGCAACGCCAGCCAGCCCGGGCCCUGAGCUCCAUGCUGGCUCACUUCUGUCCCUGGAGCGCCCAAGCCCACAGGGGAGGGGAGGCCACGGCUCCACCGCAAGCCAGACCAAAUGUCACUUUCAUGUUGUGCCAACUUGUUUUGAAGUGCCACAUAAAACGCUGUAUGUCCAAAACGCUUUAGAAAGGUUCUGAGCAUGGGUUCACUUUAUUCUUUCAAAAGAAGAAUGUAUCCUAAAAACAAGUGACCAAUACAAGGCCCAGACUGGUUGCAUAAGGUUUUUACGCAUGGCUGUUGUGGACUUCCUUACGCUUCUUUUAAACUGUGUGUGCUCUGCUUCAGUGUAGUGAGAACUAGCUGCUUAUGUGUCCAUAGUGGAAGUCAUAGUUUCCUUACCCUGUUGAUGUGGACAUGAACAAUUUGAGGGAUGAGGGAACAGCAAUAAAGACAUGCAUUGUAAUGA